ACGACUACCUUUAUGUGGAGGGAUUUGCAUCAAAUGUCUUUGCAAAGGCAGAUAAGCAGGAUCAGGCCGGAUGAGCCUACUUGUAUUCUAAAUCUCACAUUUCAUCAUCAUUUCUUUUAUGUCAGUUGUCUUAAGGAGAUCAUUUUUGAGCUUGGUCUCAUAGAUGCAGGUGAAGAUUGAUAUGUUAUUGAUUUACAGGAAUACUGCAAAAACCUUUUAUGCUGCAAGCAUCUUCUUUGAGAUUCUGAAUCAGUUUGGUCAACUUCAACCAGAUAUUGAAACGAAGCAGAAGUAUGCUAGAUGGAAAGCUGCAGAAAUAAGGAAAGCUUUGAAAGAAGGAUGGAGCCCUGAAUGUGGACCUCCUGGUGGUGAUAAAGAUCUAUCAGUUCCCUCAGGUUCCCCAACUGAUACAUAUGUAUGCUUCUUAACUUGA